UAUAGUCCACAACUUUGGAUGAAAUCUGCUGUAUCUUGUAAUGAUAUAAAUACAUUUCGUAACUCAGUUUUUUCUAUCAGAUGGCAUAGUAAAUUCCAUUAUGGCGGUGAAUCUGUGAACAUAUGUAACCAAAGUUAUCCACAAACAACUUUCUGUAACAGGAAUAACCAGCUUGUUGCACAUUUAUUUGCUGUAAUAGCAUACAGCAAAUUAUAUAUGACAAAAGUUUUAGCGAACACACGAAGAUGUCUUCGCAAAAGCCAGAUGGGAAAUCGAAUUUAACACAGAAAACGAGGGAAGAGGUCAAGGCGGAGCGCGAAGCGAAAAAAGCCGCCAAGGCCGCUGCCAAGGCAGCAAAGAGCAAAACAGAUGGAGCAAACAACAAUAGCAACGUGACUUCUUUAACCAAUAAUAAAAUUCCAGAGGCGAGUAUAAACUGUGUCAGAACGGACAAGGCGAAGGAAAAGAGCAGCAAAUCCGAAAGAAUUGAUAACGUUAAAAAUAAAUCACUGAAAACUAGUAAUAAAGUGUCAGAGCAGAUUGUUAUGGAUACGAUGGACGCAGUAAACGUGCAAGGCAAGAAGGUAGCAAGAGAAGUGUCUAAGCAAGAAGCAGUCUCAUCUUCAAACAUUACUCAGACAAACGAACCAUCUGAAGGCGAGAAGAAGAGUAAGGCUGAAUUGCGUGCAGAACGCAGGGCUAAACAGGAGGAACAGAGAGCUGUGAAGCAGCAACAGCAACAAGCGAAGAGCAACGUUCAAUCACAACCGGUUAAGCAAGCCGUUAAACCAGAAGAGACAGUGUCUGAGUGUAAAGUAAAGAAAAUCAGUGCAACAAAGGAGGAUGCUCACAAAAUGAAUUUGUUCAAACAUCUGUAUGACGAAAGGGAGCAGUCCUCUAAAAAAGUCCAAAUCACCACUAUCAACUCGAGUAUACACCCGGCGAUAGUCAGGUUGGGUGUCCAGUAUGCAAGUAAAAUUGUUGUGGGCAGCAAUGCGAGAUGCGUUGCGCUGCUGGCUGCUGUCAAGCAGGUGGUCAGAGAUUUUGAGAAACCAGUGCAGGCAGACUUUGUUCGUGGCCUGGAGGUCACCUUAAAAGAAUCUCUAGAAUAUCUGCAUCAUUGCAGACCAAAGGCCGUUUCAAUGGACAAUGCGAUGCGUCAUCUCAAGUGGCAGAUGACACAGUUCCCGUCCACGUUGUCAGAUGACGAGGCGAAAAACAAGCUACAAAAUAUAAUAGAUACUUAUAUUAGCGAGCAAAUUCAACUGGCUGAUCAAGCCAUAUCUUUAACGAUACAGAGAAAAAUAUCAGAUGGAAAUGUUAUUUUAACGUAUGGAUUUUCGUCCUUGAUUUGCAAGAUAUUAAUCGAUGCACAUGAUGCGGGCAAGAAAUUCCGCGUCAUUGUGGUCGAUGGCAGACCGUGGCUAGAAGGAAAAGAACUGUUGAGGCGCUUAGCGAAACAUGGAAUCGAGAGCUCGUACAUACUCAUCAAUGCACUUAGUUUCGUCAUGCCAGAGGUCAGCAAAGUCUUUCUCGGCGCACACGCGUUAUUUGCUAAUGGCUCGAUAAUGUCGAGAGCCGGCACUGCACUAGUUGCUCUGAUAGCGAAAUCUUUUAAUGUGCCAGUUUUAGUAGCUUGCGAGACGCACAAGUCAUGCGAGCGAGUGCAGACCGACUCCAUCGUCUACAACGAAUUGGGUGAAGCGGACGAACUCGUGAAUAAUCGAUCCAGCAGUAACUCAAGGACAUCUGUGCUCUCGAAUUGGCGAACGAAGCAAUCUUUAAAUCUUUUAAACAUUACGUACGACGUGACGCCUGCUGAUCUAGUUACUGCUUUCGUUACAGAAUUAGGGAUUUUGCCUUGCACAAGUGUUCCUGUAAUUUUACGAAUUAAACCCACCGAAAUUUAAGUACGUAGGUUUCGUCUGGAAAAGUUUAUACACCUAGCUACCAUGUUCUGAGUACAAUGCAAUUGGUGUAUUUAAUUAGCAGCAUGCUAAUUAUAAUACAUAUGAAUUAUGUAAAGUUUGUAUUAAUUGAUUAAUAAUGUGAAGUAGAUAAAUUUAUUAAUAAAUUGUGCUAUAU